AUGGCUGCUGCUGCAGGGGGUCAAAGUGAUGAAGCCACUUGCUAUAUCUGCCAGAAUUACUUCAAGGAUCCAGUGACCAUCCCAGAGUGUGGACACAACUUCUGCCGAUCCUGCCUGAUCCAGUGCUGGGGGGAAUCGGAGGCAGAGGCUUCCUGCCCUCAGUGCGGAGAAAGAGUUCAGAGAAGGAGCCUCAUCUCCAACCGGCAAUUUGCAAACCUCGUAGAAUUAGUCAAGAAUCUCAGCCUUCAAGAGGGGAAGAAGGAAGGAGGGGAAGGAGGAGUCUGCAAGGAUCACCAGAAGCCCCUGGAACGCUUUUGCAAGGAGGAUGAAGCCCUCAUCUGCCUGGUGUGUGACAGAUCAAACGAGCACAAACACCACGAGGUGAUUCCUCUGGAGGAGGCUUUUCGGGAAUACAAGGGAAAGAUCUGUAGCCGCCUGGAGAUUCUGACGAAAGAGAGAAAGGAAAUUCUGGCCUAUCAAGCAGUCCUGGACAAGGAAAGCAAAGACCUCCUUAAAUUAACAGAAACGGAGAGGCUGAAGACUGUGGAGAAGUUCAAAGAACUGCGCCAGUUCCUGGAAGAACAGGAAAAACGUCUGCUGAAUCAUGCGGAAGAGGUGGAGAAGGAGAUUGAAGGCAGAAGGGAUGAGCAGCUGGCCAGACUCUCCAGGAAACUCUCCGCUCUUGAUGAGAUCAUCCAGCAGAUGGAGAAGAAGCGUCAGCAGCCAGCAAGUGAACUCCUGCAGGAUGUGAGAAGCACCUUGCAGAGGUAUGAGAAAAGAGAAAGUCCAGGGAAGUCACUGGUUUUCCCUCCAGAACUGAGGAACAGGAUCUUAGAAUACUGUGAUCUUGUGGACGAUGCAAUGAAACAAUUGAAGGUCACUCUGGAUCCAGACACAGCCCAUCCCAAACUCAUCCUGUCGGAGGAUCCGAAAAGCAUAAGAUGGGGAGACAAAAAGCAAGACCUGCCUGACAAUCCUGAGAGAUUCAACUAUCGGCCUUGUGUGUUGGGACGUGAGGGAUUCACAGCAGGCAGACAUUUCUGGGAAGUCAAUGUGGGAAGUGGGGAAUGGUGGGCUGUGGGGGUUGCCAGGAAGUCUGUGAGGAAAAAGGGCCGCUUCUCCUUUAGGCCUGAGGGAGGGAUCUGGGCUGUGGGGAAGUCUGGAGGAAAGUACGGGGCCCGCACCUCCCCUCUUUGCUCUCCUCUGUCCCCGAAUGAGGAGCCCAGGAGGAUCCGGGUGACUCUGCACUAUGAAGGGAGACAUGUGUCUUUUUAUGACGCUGACUCAGGAGCCAAACUCUACACGUUCUCAGGAGCCUCGUUCUCUGGAGAGACCCUCCUCCCUUUCUUUUAUCUGAGGGGGGAUAAAUCCCACCUCAGUAUCUCCUGAGGAGACUAAAUCUUCCUCUCAGGCCCAGCAGGAGUUUC